CAGGAAGUGGCGAACAAAAAUUCUUCUCUUUUUACUCUCUGUAUAAAACAUUAAAGAAAAAGUUCCUUUUCUCUGGUUUCCUCUCUCCUUUCUUGACUUUAAAGGCAACAAAGCUUCUCUCUUCUUCUUGCAUUGGUACUAUAACCUUAAUCCUAUAUUUUCAUGCAAGCAUCCACCAGUGCAGAUCUGGCGACUCUGGUCGCAGAAACUGAUAAUGAUAAGAACACGACCGCAUCGACGACAUAUGGCAAAAAUGUCAAUGAGCAAACCCCGCUUUUAGCGGGCAGUAGCAGGAGCAGCAGCAGCAGCAGUAGUAGUAGUAGCAGUAGUAUUACUGGUGAUAAUGAUGAUCAUACCAAGAAGACCAAGAGAGGACGCCAAGCAUCAGAAUGGUAUGUCAUUGUACCAUUAUUCUUUAUCUCGUUCUGCGUUGCAGCGAUUUUCCCUCCACAACUUCAGCUGUAUACCGAAAUCUUUUGCCACAGAUACUACGAAGCUGCGCAACAUGAAGGCCAAGAUUUAUUAGAUCAAGGUGAAAUACCCAUACAAGAUUGUACCAUACCCGAAAUUCAAGAAAGUGUUGCUUCUGCUAAUGCAGUAAUGCAACUUUUGAAUUAUGGCACAACACUGUUCACCGUCAGCUACUAUGGUCAUUUGUCCGAUUCCAAGAGCCGGAAGCUUGUAAUGUGGCUAACCACCUUGGGCAUGUGGUUCUUGAUAGCAAGCAAUGUUGUUACUGCCUUUGCUUAUGACUCUAUUGGCAUCUCGCUUAUUUUUGUCGGUCCAUUUUUGCGUGGUGCUCUUGGUGGUGAUAGUGGCUUUAUGGCGGCUGUACAAGCAUAUAUCUCCGACUGCACCGAUGUAACGAGAAGAACUGUUGCAUUCGGACACAUGUUGGCUGCCAUGCUGUGUGGCGUCAUGGUUGGUGCCAAUGUGUCUAGUGUACUUAUUAAGCAAACCGGUGACCUUAUGAACUCAUUCUACUUGGCUUUGGGCGUUCUCACGCUGGUUCUGAUAUACUUUGCGUUUAUUCCCGAAUCCGAACAUGACACUGCCCAAAAACACAAAGAAAAGACGUUCCUAGAGCAAAUCAACGUUUACAAAUCGAUCAAACAGCUCGUUUCGAUUCCAACAAUCCAUGGAUCGCGUUAUGCUUUACCACUGAUUGCACUCGCCCAAUUUCUUCUGGCUGUCAUAGCGCUGCCACCCGUCUUACUUUACACCAUGCUUGAGUUUGGAUGGACGGCGUAUGAAGGCGGCUACCUUAUCAGUCUCAUGUCCUUCUUGCGCAUGAUCCAAUUGAUGGUUGUAUUCCCACUGCUGGUCAAGUUGUUCAUGAAAUCGGGUGAGGUUGCUCAAUGGAAGUUUAACGUAUGGAUCGUUCGCAUUGGUUGCGCCUUUACCAUGUCGGAAAUGUUCGCUAUGGGUUUUGCAACCGAUGCCAAGCAGUUUUUGGGUGCGCUCAUUGUUGGUUCUUUUUCAAUUUUGACACAACCUGCUAUACGAUCUCUCCUUACGACUUCGGUGGCUCCAGAAAAUGUGGGUCAGGUGCUGAGCGCCAUGGCCGUAUUGGAUGCACUUGGCUGUAGGUCUUACCAUUUCAUAGUUAAACUGGUCGAAUGGAAUCUUUUUCAUAUUCGAUUCGAUAUACGGUAUUAACUUGUGAUAUGAUAUGACAUUAGGGGUGCUCGCUCAAUUUGGCCUG